UUCAUCUGAUGGUAUGGGAAGCUGAGACAGUCUAGCGUUUUGCCCACAAAGAAGAAAAUGUGUUUGGAGGAACAGCCAGCAAUGGCUCUCUGUUCUCUGGAAGAACUUGUAUAAGAUAAGAAAUGCUAGCAUCAUGGGUUUUAUUAAUUACUUAAUCUAUUUUCUGGCUGCUGGUGCCGUUAGUCUGGGAAUUGGUUUCUUUGCUUUGGCAUCUGCUUUGUGGUUCCUGAUUUGCAAACGAAGGGAAAUAUUUCAAGGUUCCCAAGUUAAAUUAGCUGAUGAAAAGCUGAAGCAAAGACCAUCCAAACCGAAGAUUAAAUCUCAUUCUCAGUGUGUUUUCAUUUCCCGAAACUUUCAUGCUGGCCAACCUCAACCACAGGCGGAGAAAAGAGAAAGGGAAACAACACAAAUAAAAGCCGUCAACUCUGAAGAUGAAGUCUGCCUUCCAGACCCCGCUGACCGUGAGUUGCCUGAGAUGACCUCAGGAGCAAAUGGCAGCAGUGUGACACUGAGCUUGUCAACGUCAGUCACUAGUUCUUAUUGCAGCCAAAGUGUGGAAGCAGCUGAUGACUGGUUUUCCGACGAUUCUCUAGGAGCCAAGCAUCCCCCAGAGCCUUUACUUGGGGAACCCCUGGCAGAAAAGGUGUUGGCAUACCUGUCAACCAUUUCAUUAGAAGAAUGGCCUGGAAACACAAUGAAUGUGACAUUUUGUAGCAAUCAAAAAGAUGACAGCAUUAAGGAAAUGUUUACACAAACAAAUGCAGAGGUCGGCAUCCGCAGCCUUCAGUAUGAUAUUGAAUGACUUUUUCUCUUUUGGAACCUGGUAUCCAGUGAAAUCAGGGGAAGUUGAAUCUGAAUUGUGAACUUCUGAGCCUCCUACCAUGUCCUUACUAAUCUUGCUUUUCUUGUUCUUUACCAUAAAGUGAUUCUAGCCCUUA